CCUAAAUCCAAAUCGGCGCCGGAAAUCCCUUCAAAUCCCCCCCGAAUUCCGCUCCAUUUCACCCUCACGUUUCCCGGAGAUGGACGUCGGCGUCGGCGGCAAGGCGGCGAAGAAGGCGGUGGGGCGGAAGCUGGGCGGGCCGAAGAAGAAGCCGGUGUCGCGCUCCGUCAAGGCCGGGCUCCAGUUCCCCGUCGGCCGCAUCGGCCGCUACCUCAAGAAGGGCCGCUACGCCCAGCGCGUCGGCACCGGCGCCCCCGUCUACCUCGCCGCCGUCCUCGAGUACCUCGCCGCAGAGGUGCUGGAGCUCGCCGGGAACGCGGCGCGGGACAACAAGAAGAACCGGAUCAUCCCGAGGCACGUGCUGCUGGCGAUCCGCAACGACGAGGAGCUCGGGAAGCUGCUCGCCGGGGUCACCAUCGCGCACGGCGGCGUGCUGCCGAACAUCAACCCGGUGCUGCUCCCGAAGAAGACCGCGGAGAAGGCCGACAAGCCGGCCAAGGCGUCCAAGGACAAAGCCGCCAAGUCCCCCAAGAAGCAGGCGCGCUCCUAGCUUCAUGUCCUUCCAUUCAUUGGUCACUGUAUAUGCAGUACUUAGUUUGUUCGAUUCGAGAUUAGUUCGUAUCACUAGGCAUUUAACUGGAUGUUUUCGAUUUUAGCUUGCAAGACACUAGGGUAGUUCUAAUGAGAAGAUGAAGUGUCUCGCUUUGUCUUCUGGAUCCCAUGUGCUUCAAUAUGUGGUUUCUCAAUUGAAAUUUGUUUGUGUUCAGUAAGUUUAA